UGUUAGGCAACAUUACUUGAUUUAUAUUUGAUUUUAUCAAUUUCAUCUGUUGUUUAAAGUGAACAUUCUACCGAUAAAGAUGCUUUACAGAGUUGGCUUCAUCAUAUGCCUGUGUACGUCAGGAACAUUGUUGAAGAGGAGCAACAAGGAAAUAUUCAGAGAACAAGAUACUACCAUUGAAACAAAUAAAAAGCAAUAUGAUUUAAUGGAAGAAAAUUUGGAAUUCAAAAAGAAAAAAGUGACAUGGUUUGGACACGAAAAUUAUGAUGAAAAAUUCAUCAAAGAAACAUUGAAAGAUGGAUCAAUAACCGGAGACUUUGUAAAAUUACAAACAUAUGUAAUUGGAGAUACUUUUAAAGAGGAUGUUAAACAACAACUAAAAAACAACUGUGAUUUUUGUAAAUGUUUUCGAGCAUGGGGUAACCGAAUCAUUUGCGAGUGUCAUCAAAAUAUACCCAACAACACAAGUACAAAUUUUACUGAACUUGUUUCCUGUCUUCCAUAUUUCACAUUUCGCCUCGAAAUUUCUGGAUUUAAUUUUGGUACCAUACAAAAUGGAUCAUUUAGUAACUUGCCGGAAGUGAAAUUCCUGUUGCUAACAGACUGUAAUAUUACAAUACUGGAGCCAGAUGCUUUCAGAGGUAUAAAGCAAUUAGCGUGGUUAAGGAUUGUGGAUAUUGGAAAAGAUAAAGAAGGUAUUUCAAUCCUGAAUUAUCAAACGCUUCACAAUUGUCAUACAAUACAAGUAUUUACUCUUGGAAAAGUAAAACACAUUGAUAAUGAUACAUUCUUAGCUGUCCCAUUCCUCGAGGAACUUACUUUACAACACAAAGGCAUACUGAAGCAUUACCAGCUAUUCAAGCCAUUGCAUGGAUUGCGAAAACUUACUCUCAAUCAGAUAAAAUUAAAGAGAAUCCCUGAUGUCAUUUUAUCAUAUCUUGUUAGUUUAAAAGAACUUUAUUUGGAUAACAAUGAAAUAACUAGUCUCAAAUUCGAUGGGAACCUUGGUACACGUAAGAAAUUCCAUCUUUCCAUACAAGGCAACAAUAUUAAAUCAGUCACUAAAGCUGAUAUGAGUCAAUUUAUGAAUGUUACUUGUUUGGAACUAAACCUUGCUGACAACACCAUUGAGGAAACAGAACCCAACUUUCUUCACGAAAUCAACCAGAUAAAAAGUUUGUCACUUGAGCGAAAUAUGAAGUUUGGUAAAACGAAUUUGAUGCACUUACUGGAAGGCCUAAAGGGAAAGUCUAUAUUUAGACUGAAAAUGACAGGGUGUGGCAUUGUCAUUGAUAAAUUCAACUCAUCUAUCCUCGAGCCCCUUAAAAACUCAAAUCUUCGAAUAUUGAGUAUUGAUGAUAAUCAAAUAAAUACAUUUGAAGCUGAUGCGUUCGAACCUGUGAAAUCAUUAGAAGCACUUCAGAUAUCAAACUUCAUGCACAUUUCCAGUAAAACUUUAUCACCAUUACAAAACCUCAGAAUUUUACACAUACAUGAUAUGUCUGUAGUUUAUGGACGGCUAGACAAGGCUAAUGUCAGUUUCAGUGAACUGAAGCAAUUGAGAGCUCUUUCUCUAUACAAAUUAGAUUUCGAUCAUCUAAUUUUCACUUUCAGUAAUGAUACUUCAUCUAUAACUGAAUUAAAUUUGAUCAAUCUUGGUGAAACAUUUGCGGCAUAUCACAAUCAAGUCUUAAAUGUGAUUACAAAAUCAAGACUAAUUGUCCUCGACUUAUCAGGGAAUUUAUUGUUUCGCUAUUCAGAUUCUACUCUGUGUACACUAUUCAACGGAGUCAGGACUAGUUUUAUUUCCCUUAAUGAUAAUUAUUUCAAAAUACUUCCGAUUUGUAUGUUUCAAAACUUCUCUGCUGAUCAAAUAGAUUUAAGUAAAAAUAGAAUUACUUAUAUCCAAGAAGGCUUGUUUAAAAACAUAAAAAACAAAAUUAAACUUUUAAACUUAACUGGAAAUGCCAUCAGUUUAAUUGAUGGAACAGCCCUUGGCGAAAUUGCACGGAUAAGUAUUGAAAACAACUUAAUUGAAUGUAACUGUGCAACGCAACCCUUUAUGAACUGGUUAAAACGAAGAAAAAAUUCAUCUGAGACAUGGGUCACUCAUGAUAGGUUUUGUGCUUCUUCCACUGGGCCAACACAUAAUGCACUGUUGACAUUUGAAUUAACAUGGGUGCAAUGCAACAUGAACGCCUUUGUUAGAAUCAUCUCUCUUUCAAUUAGCAGUGUAAUUCUGGUCGGAAUAAUAACUGCUUCACUUUUGAAAUAUUUCUGGAGAGACAUCAAAUACAUGCAGCUGGUCAGGAGAGCAAAACGGCACAAUGGGUACAUUCAAAUUGGUGAUCAAAAUGGUAUUCAAAAUGAUAUUCUAAAUGAUGAUGUCAUCCAAGACAAUGAAAUAUAUGAUGCUUUUAUCAGUUACCAUUCUGAGAAACGCAUAUGGGUACGUGACGUGAUGACACCAGAACUGACUAACGGGGAUGUUCAGUUCUCACUGAUACAUGAUGAUAACAUCAUUCCAGGACAAGAGUCCUACUUUGGUGGAUUAAUGUCCCACAUGGACCGUAGCCGCCACAUUAUUUUCCUGGUUACACGAGGCUGGAUGAAGGAGGGAUGGAAUGAGUUUGAAAUGGACUCUGCUAUAGAUAUGCUCACCCAGACCAAACGCCACACACUCAUAGUUAUUCUGAUGGAACACAUACCACAAAAAGAUAUGUCACACAAACUUAAACUUAUGGUAAGACACAAUGUCUGCCUAAAGUGGAGUGAAGAAGAAGGAAACCAACGGAAAUUUUGGAGGGACCUUAAACUGGAACUCGGAAAAAAGCGAUAUGAGUGAGGGCAGGCAAAAUAGAAGGAUAUACAAUUAGUAUGAUUGUUUGAAAGCUGAAUAUCUGACUGAAAGUAGCUUGGUUUAAUAUAACACAAACACUUCCUUCUGUUGACGGAAAAACGAAUGUAUCCUUAUCAAAUAAUAAUUCCCCAAUUCUAGGAGGACAAAGGAGAUAUCAUUCCUGAGCAUUGAAGAAUUAUUUGUUUUAUCAUCUAUUGUAACGCAUCUAUUUCUGCUAUUUCCUGAAUUGAAUAUGACAUCGAAUAUGAAGGGGCAAAGGUUUAGAUGAUAGAAAAUGAUGUGAAGGAAAUAUUCACAUUUCAAACAAAGUUCAAAGUAUUUUGAAGCAUAAUAGGGAAAUACUACACCCUUAUAUUCACCAUGUGACCAAUUCAAUCGAUGAGUAACAUGACAGUUAGAUUUAUGUUAUUAUUUCAAUCUCUCUGUAAAAGAUUUUCCUGAAAAGGGGGUUUUCAUGAAGAUGUGUGAAUGCUAUGCUCAAAAAUAAAUUGCCU